GCAGCCGAGUUUGAAGCCCGGCCGGUAAACAACAUGGCGGCCUCCGUGAGGAAAGCAGCCCACGACAUAGAGACGCGGAAGCGGACCGACGAUGUGCUUCUUUCGGAGGGACUCGACUUCAGCUCGCUGCUGCUCUCUCGUCCCGUUCUGGACGGGCUGUCCUCCUCGGGCUUCCGGAAGCCUUCCCCGAUCCAGCUCAAGGCGAUCCCGCUGGGCCGCUGCGGGCUCGACUUGAUCGUGCAGGCCAAGUCCGGCACGGGGAAGACGUGCGUGUUCUGCACCGUCGCUCUGGACUCUCUGGUCCUGGAGAAUCCUGCAACUCAGGUUCUCGUGUUGGCUCCCACACGGGAGAUCGCGGUGCAGAUCCACUCGGUGGUGAUGGCCAUCGGCUGCGCCAUGGAGGGCCUCGAGUGCCACGUUUUCAUCGGGGGCCGGCCUGUGAGCCAGGACAAGACCCACCUGAAGAGGUGCCACGUGGCGGUGGGCUCGCCCGGUCGUAUCAAGCAGCUCAUCGAGCUGAGCAUGUUGUCCACCGCCAGCAUCCGGCUGUUUGUUCUGGACGAGGCAGAUAAGCUGCUGGAAGAGGGCAGCUUCCAGGACCAGAUCAACUGGAUCUUCUCCUCUCUGCCAGUGAACAAACAGAUGCUCGCGCUCUCCGCCACCUACCCAGAAUCCCUUGCUAAGCACCUCACCCGCUACAUGAGAGAGCCCACUUUUGUCCGAAUCAAUCCCAGUGACAUGGGCCUCAAAGGUCUGAAGCAGUAUUACAAGCUGGUGCAGUCCCAUCCUUUGCCUCACAAGAUCUUUCAGGAGAAAGUGCAGCACUUGUUGGAGCUUUUCAGUAAAAUCCCAUUCAACCAGGCUCUGGUGUUCUCCAACCUACACACCAGGGCUCAGCACCUGGCAGACGUCCUGUCCUCCAAAGGCCUACCGGCUGCUUGCAUCUCAGGCGGUCUGAGUCAGGACCAGAGACUGGAGGCCAUGUCCAAACUGAAGCAGUACCAGUGCAGGGUGCUCAUCUCCACCGACCUGACCUCCAGAGGCAUCGAUGCAGAGAAAGUGAACUUGGUGAUAAACCUGGAUGUGCCGCAGGACUGGGAGACCUACAUGCACCGGAUCGGACGCGCUGGGCGUUUUGGCACUCAGGGGCUGGCUGUGACCUACUGUUGCCAUGGCGAGGAGGAGAAUAAGAUGAUGGCCAUUGCUCAGAAGUGCGGCGUUAGUUUAUCCACGUUGCCGUCCGCCAUCGAGCCGGGGUUGAUGGACGAGCCGUGUGACUGGGACGUCUGCACCGCAGCAUCCACUCUGGGCACUUCAUGCCAGCUCUCCUCCCGGACGCAGAAGAAGAAGAAGCAGCGUGACGCGGAUCAGCCAAUGGAGCACAGCGGUCAAAGGUCGCGGGAGAAUACCGUCCCAACGGCCGGGCCGGAGACAACAAAAGCAACUCCCGGCGAGGACGCUCUCCCGCGGAGGCGUCCUCCUCCUCCUCCUCCUCCGGCGGCACCAACUCGCAAGGAGCUGCAGGACGCUCUGCCAAAGAUCCCGCCCCUCGGCUCGUUCAAGAGCCGUAGGUCAAGGUUCGUGACCUUUGAGGACGCCGAGCGGGACUUCCGCGGCUUCAUCACGACGGGGCCGGGGAGAUCGGUGGAAGUCAUCAGGGAGUUUGGGGGCGGCGAGGACGGCGACCCGAGCAUCGGGCACCGAGAGUCCUUCACGCUCGACGACCACGACGGAGGUGAAUGUUUGAAUCUCAAGGGAGAACGCUGGAAAGCUGACUUUUCGCCUUCCAGGGCGGUUUCCGGUUCUUCAAACUCGCAACACAACGACAGCGAGAGGAAUCGGACCAGAGGUGGCGAAUACGAACAAAUGCCCCCUGGGUCCAAACCGAAGGUGGACCCCUCCGCAUACGGAGCUUUUGCGGCUCCUGCGCCCCAAAAGUUCCACCAGACGUCACGAGGGAGCGCUCCGCCUCUGCCAGAGAGAUGCGAGGCAAGACCCAGCGUUGAGCCGAGCGGGCCAAAGACCGGCAGACGCGGAUCCAGAAAGAUGGCGGAGAAGACUUCAGAGCAGAGGAGUGAUGAAGAUGAGUGGAGUGCUGAGGCUUACUGGAGAGCCAGCUACAGAGCCUGGAACGAUUACUACGCCUCCGUGACUCCUUUCCAAGAGCGAGGUCACCAAAGCUACUACAGCGCCGCCCACAGCUGGAUGGCAGCGUAUCGCAUGAACGCCGUCUACAUGCAGGAGCUGCUGAAGCACUGACGGUCUGUUCAAGAUGUGAGAACAUGAAUGUCACCGCCGUCUACAUGUUGCACUUUCAAUUUUUCAAUUAAUUCAUAUUAUGCGUCUUUUCUAAUAAAUGACCAGUAUGAAA